AUGAACGUUGGUAGGGAAGGUGAUGAAGGUGGUGAGAAGUGGUCUUUCGAUAAUAAAGCUGAUUUUCAAUCAAAUUUAUCUUCCGACCUGAAUUCAAAGCUUAUAAUUUCACCUAAUCGACGAUUUACAGCGGUAAAACGAAAAAUUCAAAUAGUUAAAAAAGAAGAAUUAGGUUUAAUUACUCAAAAAUCGAUAUAUGAUUCUGUUAUUUUAUAUUUGAAGCGGCGUUUUCCGCAAUCAGUUCAUUCAACUGAUAACGAUACGAAUGACACAAUUAUAAAAUUUUGUUAUGAAAUUACACAACCUGAUUGGGCAUUUGAUGUAAAAAAAGUAAAAUUUUUGAUCAGAAUUGGCCAAGAUUACCCGAUAAAAAUGCCUGUUAUUAAAGUAAUUGACGAAUCUUUGCCAUUCCCACUUAUCAAACAUAUUGAAAAGUCUAUUUCUGAUUUUUUAUUUGUGAGUUGUUUUCAGAACAAAUAUUUUAUUAUGGAAAAUUCUAAUGCUUAUAGUUGCCUUGCUCAGCAGUUUAUUCGUUGGUUGGAUCGAUCUAUAUUUGAUUUAUUUCUCAAUGGUUUGAAAAAAACUAAAUUGAUUUAUGAAGCUCGUGAUGCUGGAAUUUCUCUCUUCCUUCCGUCUCAAAGAGCUAUUUCUGAUGAAAAUAAACAGACAGAAAACGUCGACAGCAAAGGUUUUAAUUCUUCUAUUGAAGUGAGAUUACACUGGAUAAAUGUUAAUGGAAAUGUUGCGUCAGUAACAGCUUUACAGAUGACAUUUGGUUGCAAAUGUAUCAGAUGCAGUUCACUGACAUUCUUUUCAUGUUCGGAUAAAGAUAUGGUUAAACAGUCGUGCAGGAAAUGUUCUAAUGGUCAAUCAGUACGUCUUAUUGCUGAUAUAGUGCAUGAAAAUUCUAAUAUCAUUGGUAGAUUGGAGUUGAAAGGCUGUCGUCCAGUGGAUUGCGUCCUUCUUUCUUCUAAAUUUCAAUAUACUUGUCUAGCAUGUAAUCGAGAAGCUUUCAUUGAGGUUAAUCAAGGUUUUCAGAAUAUUACAUAUGAUGUAACGCAUAAGAGUUGGUGUUUUUCUUGUCAUGCUAAAUGCGAAUUGAAGAUAUUGGCGAUAAGAUUUAGUGGAAAUUUUCAUUUAAUUCCUCAAGAGGAUUUCACUGUGGUUAAGUCAAAGGUAGCUAAGAAAAAAGAUGUUUCGUCUUUUUCACUCGUUGAUGGUCAGCCGCUACCUGCAAAUGGGACUUGUGAGCAUUACAAGAAAAGUUUUCGUUGGUUCAGGUUUCCAUGUUGUGGUAAGUUGUAUCCUUGUGAUCUGUGUCACGACAAAAAUGAGAAAGAUCAUGAAAUGAAAUUUGCUAAUCGAAUGAUUUGUGGGUUCUGCAGUAAAGAACAGCCAUUUCAACAGUCCAAACCUUGUGUAAAUUGUAAUUCAAAUGUAAAACGUUCGAAGUCAUCAUUUUGGGAAGGUGGGAAGGGUUGUAGAGAUAAAAUUAUAAUGAACAGGUUGGUAUGA